AUACAAUAAAAAAUGUUUUCCACAGAGGUGUUUUCCAUCCUUUUCUGCGACGCCAUGACUUCUAAUGUAAUCUGAGUCCCGGACAAAUGGGAAUGAGUUUUUUUAGGGGAACAGUUCAGGAACAAGAUGGCUGUCCUGGGGCAAGAAAAGUGUCUUUCUUCUUCCACAUAAACACGGCAUCUUAAUGCAGCCACCAGUGUCAUGUAAAUAGCUUAUUAGCAACAACUUAAAUAGCUUAUUAGGGAACAACUUUAAACGCAUUAAAGGCAUCGCUGUAUUAAGGAAGACAUCUUUUUGUGUGCCUUGGCAGUCUCAGGAAAGUUUUCUUAACGGUUUGUUGAGAGUGAAAACUAACUUACUACAUUAACACAAGCUAUAUACGGAGCAUGAUACCGCUAUUAAAACGUCUUGAUUUUGAUUUGUAAACACCGUGUAAUUUUAAUGUAGUUAUUUAGGGAGUUAUUGGACACACUUUUCUAAUCAGAUUUGUUGUUUUUAGGCGUUUUUAGGUGGUACGGUUAGCCGAAAUGCUUGAGCCGUUAUAACAUUCUACAGUGUUUAGCGUAACUUUUGCAGAUGCCCCGCAGUAGAUAGAAAACACAUAUAUAAUUGGACCAUGAGUUCAUCCCGAGUCAGACCACAGCAGCUGCCGCAGAGCCAGACUGCCAAGGUGCCGCACAAACUAGACUCAGGCGAGGGGAUAGAGAUGGAGAACAUCCAGCAUCAAGACCUGGGUCUCGGGGGAGCCGUAGGCACCCCGUCCCCCCCGUCCAGACAAGCCUGGAGCCGUGACAACCCAGGGUUUGAUCCCGAAGAGGAGAUCAUGGCAGCCGACUGGCCUCCAGCGAGUCCCGGGAGGAGGUCGGUGUCCACGGCCUCCAGCAGCAGCUGCAGCAGCGGCCUGGGCAGCUUCCCCGGAGCGGGCAGCAGCACCCACAUCACCCGCGGAGGACUCUACCCGACCCCGACUGUGGAUGCCCGGCAGCAGGACAGGCAUAUCCACCACGGCUUUUUGAAGCAGAUACUGCAAAAGAUCAGAAUUCUGUGGGGCACGGAGCUGAUGGAGGACAGUGACAGCAGUCGAGAGCGGUACCUCAGGAACGUACUGAGGGAGAUGGUCACAUACAUCGCAUUCCUCAUCACUGUUUGUAUCUUGACUUAUGGGAUGGUGAGUGCCAAUAUGUACUACUAUACCAAAGUCAUGUCUCAGCUGUUCCUGGACACACCGCUGUAUGCCGGGGACCCUUCCUCUUUUAGAAGCCUCUCAACCAUGGAGGAUUUCUGGAAGUUCACAGAGGGACCUUUCCUCAAAGGCAUGUACUGGGAGGUGUGGUACAACAACAAGAGCCUGCCAGAGAAUCAGAGUCUCAUCUACUAUGAGAACCUGCUCCUCGGGGUGCCACGGCUCCGACAGGUUAAAGUCCGCAACGAGUCCUGCUCCGUCCACGAAGAUCUGAGAGGCGAGAUUCAGGACUGCUACAACAUGUACACCCCGUCCAACGAGGACACGGCCUCCUUUGGCCCCAAGAAUGGAACUGCGUGGAUGUAUACAGCAGAGAGUGAGAUGGCUGGCAGUGGUUAUUGGGGCCAGAUAUCUAAAUAUGGAGCUGGAGGAUACUACCAAGACCUGUCUCGAACGAGAGAGGAGUCAGCAACCCAACUGCAGUUCCUCAAAGACCAUCUGUGGCUGGACCGAGGCACCAGAGCCGUGUUCCUCGACUUCUCCGUCUACAACGGGAACAUUAACCUGUUCUGCAUCGCCAGGUUGCUGGUGGAGUUCCCUGCUACAGGUGGGGUGCUGACCUCCUGGCAGUUCCAGACUGUGCGUCUGAUCCGAUACGUGUCGAGCUGGGACUACUUUGUGGGUCUGUGUGAGGUGGCUUUCUGCAUAUUCAUCCUCUACUACGUGGUGGAGGAAGUGCUGGAGAUACACAUCCACCGCCUGCAUUACUUCAAGAACCUGUGGAACUGUCUGGAUGUUCUCAUUGUCGUG